GACGCGCCGCACACGAACCGAGGGGACAUGGGCAGAGCGAUGGUGGCCAGGCUCGGGCUGGGGCCGCUGCUCCUGGCACUGCUCCUACCCACACAGAUUUAUUCAAAUCAAACAACCGUAACAAUUCCAAGUAACUCCUCCCAGAGUACCUUGGUUGCUGCAAAUGCAGCUAAUGCCACCAAGGCAGGUGGCAGUGCCCUGCAGUCCACAGCCGGUCUCCUCAUGGUCUCCCUCUCUCUACUACAUCUCUGCUGUUAGGAGACUCAGGCCAAGAAACAUCUGUACUUCCCCAUCUUCUAAAUCCAAUCCAAACGGCAUCUAGAAGUCCGGUGUGGCAAGGAAAAAACAGGUCUUCAUCGAAUCUACUAAUUCCACACCUCCUUUGAUUAACACAGAAAAUGUUGAG